AUGACACUUGUCCAUUAUCCAACCGGUACCACCACUAAAUCACCGACAAUGUUACAAAAAGAAGCCACAAAUUAUAAAUUCAAUAAAAAUAUACCCUUAAGAAUAUACCUAAAAACAUGUAUCACAUUAAUAGAGAAAGCACAAUCAUUCUUUAUUGGCAAUGAUAUCGAAAAUGCAUGUUUAUAUUAUAUGAGAUAUUUAGAUUUAUCCAUGGCUAAAUUACCAACACAUCCCGAAGUAUUGUACAACAUUUCCAGUACUUGCGGUCAUAGUAAUAAUAACUUAGAAUUAUCCCAAAAGGAAUAUCAACAGAUUUUAAAAUUAGAAGUUCCUGCCAUUAUAAAAAUUGUAGAAGAUUUACAAAAGGAAUUAGAUUCUAGACGGAAAAUGGAAAAUAUGAAAAAAUAUAUUUCCGCGGAGCCGUGUUUACUAAGAAAUAAUAAAAAUAAGACUAAUAAAACCACCAUUACAAGUGAAGACAAAUGCCUAAACAAUACAACUACCAAAAAAGUACCAAAACAUACCACCUCAAUGGCAGAUAGUCGCAGCAAAGAACAAGAUAAGUGUAACGCUAAACGGGAAGUUACAUUGCCUGCCACAUUUAAUGAAAGUUUGUUCAAUUAUUCAAUAAAUUAUUUUAAACAACAUUCGACUCCUAGUGGUGGCAACAUUUUUAACGAGGAAAGCAGUAACAAUCACAGAAAAAACAAACAUAAUACUAAUAAUAAUGUCAAGGACACUUCAUACACUGAAUGUUACUAUCCAUCGUUAACCAAAAUAAGUGGUAGUAUUGUUGUUAAUAAUGGCAAUAACGGAAUUAUAGACCUAAACAACAAGAGUAAUGUCAACGUUACUGAUAAUAUUAUUACAACUAACAAUAACCAUGGUAGAUAUAUCAAUAGUAAUAAAAAUGGUAACAAUCAUGUCCAGAGUGUAUUUGCUUAUCCAGAAUUACCGAAAUUAUCAUCAUCCACUAUGUAA